AUGGAUGAGAAUGAUUAUCAAACUAUCAAAGGCGUUUUCGAAAGCAUUGGCCUACGACACGAAGACUUGACAAACGGAGAUCAAACUGCGCCAAUAGCGAAACCGGUGGCAGAGGCCUCUGAAAACAGACGGGAAGUCUCUUCUCAGUCUGAUAGCCGCUCACAGGACAUAAGCGGAACGGGAAAUGACACUGUUAUGGGGCUCCAACCAGCGUUAACCGGGACGAAUAGAGACGAAGCCCGAGUUGCCCAUGAGCCUGUGCUCCAUGUGUCUUUGGAACUAGGUUCUACCCACUUAGAAACGUCAGAACAUUUAUCAGUGCAUUCUUAUGAUGCCGGAAGCCCUCAACCACCUACCACGGUGCCGGAUGACGCAUCUCCAAAUGCGACAUCCGCUCUUCUAGAACUUGCAGAUUCAGGCCCGUACCAUUCGGCUCCCAACGUAACGGCAAAUGGAAACGUCCCUCCGCCUGAAAUCAGUGAGGAAGAAGACGAUGAUGAAGUGACAAAUCAGCUUUCAUGUCGACUAGGGCGGCUCCAGGUGACACAUGAUGGACAGCUACGGUACUUCGGGUCUACAUCAAAUCUUACGUUACUAGACGUUCUAGUUGGCGUUGCUCCUUCGGGUCUCACAAGCACUCAAAGAGAGACCCAGCAGAUAAUUGAGAAUGCAGAGCUCAGUCUACCUGUAGACGAGGAAUUUGAGCAACAUUUGCUUCAGCUCUACUUCACCUGGCAGGAUCCUUGCUUACAUGUUGUGAGCGAGGAGAUUUUCUGGAGGUCAAGGGCACAAAAGAAACGUGGGGGUCUCACUGCCCCUUGCUAUUCUCAUGCAUUAUCCGACGCAAUGUGUGCGGUUGGCGCUGCUUAUGAGUCCAGAUAUCACCCGAACCUUGUGACCUUCCCUAGAUCUUUAGCAGAAUUCUUCGGUGAUAGGGCCAAAAUUUUGCUAGAGCCUGAAUUAGAGAACCCUUCGUUAGCAACAAUCCAGGCAUUAGUCAUAUUGAGUAGCUAUGAAGCAUCAUGCACUAGGGAUACCCGUGGCUGGCUGUACAGUGGGAUGGCAAUGAGACUUGCCUUUGAUCUUGGAUUACAUCUGGACAUGGCUCCAUAUGUGGAAAGAGGCACUAUCCGGUCUGAGGACGCCGAAGUACGUUGCGUAACUUUCUGGGGCGUAUACAUGAGUGAACAAUUCUGGAGCUACUAUCUUGGACGGCCUACUCGAAGCCCAGUAGAAAGAGUCACGGUGCCAAAACCGGGCUGUGGCGAUGCUCUCUCCACGCUGAAGUGGAAACCCUAUGGCUCGCCAGAUUUAUCGAAAAAUAUAGUCAACCUGCCUAAUCCACUCGCUAUGAUAUGCUACCAAUGGAUCUCACUUUAUCAUCUCAUGCUACCACUUACAGAUGUACUAUACGGCUGUUGCGAGGUCUCGAAACAUCACCUACAGGAGCUUACAUCGGAUACCGUCGAGAAGCUGCGAAUUUGGAAGCUGAAUCUUCCUCCUGAGCUUAAUAUCUAUGGCACGGCCGGCUACUUACAACCGCUCCCGCAUGUUUUGGCUCUCCACAUGCAAUACCACCAGCUACUGAUACACUGCCACCGCCCAUACAUCUCACGACACCAUAUCCAGCCACAACCUCCUCAAGGACCUGGUUCAUCGCAUGCACGCAUGAUGUGCGUGGAAUCAGCCAUCGCAAUUGCAAAACUUCUCACCCUAUAUGAGCGAUAUUACAGCUUUCGCCGGGCGAAUUUCCAGAUUGUUUCUUUUAUAUUUUCUUCUGCGCUCAUUCUUAUCUUUUCCAUAGUCCCCAUCCGGCAUUGUGAGCGUGAUCGGGAUCUGGUAGCUCACCUAAAUACAUGUUUCCGAGCUCUGGAUGAAAUGGGAAGCCAAUUUGAGAAUGCCAAACGGACCAGUACAUUCCUGAGCACUCUCCAGCGCGAGUGGCAAACACGUCGACGCAGUAAACUCAUGCGGGGUGUUAAGAGGAAGUUUGACAGUGUCCAUGAAUCCGGGAGCAGUGGGUUCAUGCCUUGGAAUGGAAGUAUGGCCUAUGGGGAACCGGAAUCUUCCCAACUCCUACAGGUUCUGAGAGAGAGCACAAGGACUCCUGCUGUCGAUUCGGUGUUUGGUUCUUAUGCAGAUGAACCAUCGUAUGCCGCGGACUUUCUGGAGUCGGAUCUUUGCAAUAUCCUCCUUAGCGAGGGAAUUCCCAAGGCCUUUGUAUAUGUCGUUCUGCAGGCAACUUCGUUCCAUGUAGCCCAGAUAAUCAUAGCCCGCUUCAUAGAAGGUCUCGGAAACAGUGUCAACACGACUGCCCCUCCAGUAUGGCAGUCGGAGAUGUUGAAGUCAAGUCGUCGCGGCUGCCUCAUCGUCCUGCAGCUAGCCCUCAAUCAGCUGGGGAACGUUACGGCCCAGUGGCUUAACUUUGGUCUCAACUAUAUCGACCACCUCGGCGUUUCCUGGAGGCACUCAAUUGCAUUUCAGAUCUUCGAUGCCGCUGCUACGGUGUCCAUCAUCCCUUCGCUGCCGGACUCUCCACGCUGGCUUAUACAGAAGUGA